GAAAGCAAAUAGAAGAGUCCAAACCCCAUGGAACAAGGCGUGGCCAUUUUAAGAACAUGGAAAAUCAACCAGGCCACGUAUUAUUGUUGCCACCUUACCACUCACUGCUUAAAUUACCUGACCCCACCAUUCUUCUUGUUACCUUGUAUCAGAGUUGGUCUAGCAGGAUCUGAAAGAUCCAUUCUUGGUGCUACAACAGGUGGUUGCAGUUUGUCUCAUGAGAAGUUUGCUUGCUAAGACUUGAGAAAGAGUUCAUCUUAUUUGCUUCAGUGACCACUGCCAAGCAAGGGUUGGUUGAUCAGAAACUGGGUUCUUUUAGCUUUUCUUUGAAAUGAGGUAUUGCUGAAGAUGGUAAUGGUGGGAGUUAGAGGGUGUGGUAGAAGCAGGCGAAUUCCUCCAUUUCUUGGAUGUGCUUGUUCUGGCUUGCAUGCAACCCUAUGGGGGUAGCCAUGGAGGGCUCAUCUGAGUCUGCUUGGCAGAAGUCUGAUAGUCAUAGGGAAUUUAAUACUUCAGUGGUUUCAAACAGGAACCUGAGAUCUGCAUCUCACAAUUCUGGGUUUAGAAAGGAGAGGACUGAUAGGGUUGUUCUGGCGCGUCAAAACCUUAAAAACCAGGCUGGUACUUUAUCUGGGGUUUGUGAGGAUGAAGCUGCAGUUGACCCUUUUUUGCAAACCAUAGAAUGGAACGAUGUUAGCUUGAGGCACUGGUUGGACAAACCACAACGGUCUGUUAAUGAAUUUGAAUGUUUGCACAUAUUUAGGCAAGUAGUCGAAGUUGUAAAUGUGGCACAUUCACAAGGAAUUGUUGUUCACAAUGUCCGGCCUUCUUGCUUUGUUAUGUCAUCAUUUAACCAGGUCUCCUUCAUUGAGUCCGCGUCUUGCUCAGAUUCAGGGUCUGAUUCUUUGGAUGAUGGAUUGAACAGCGAAACUAUGGAGGUUAAAAAUUCUUCUUCUUCUUUGCCCCAUGACAUGUGCCAGCAAAGAAGUGGGUUACAAAGUGAAGAUUUUCUACCUGCAUCUACUCCAACAGAUACUUUAUCGGAAGCCAGUUGCAUGCAGUCGAGCUUGGUUUAUGCAGCAGAUGUACCCUUAGUGGAAGAAACAGGAGAACAUAAAGUCCAUGAUAUGAGGAAUGUUGAACAUGAAGAAGAAAGGAAACAACCAUUUCCAAUGAAGCAAAUAUUGCUUAUGGAGUCCUGUUGGUAUGCCAGUCCUGAAGAGGAUGCUGGUUCACCAAGCUCUUGCGCUUCAGACAUCUACCGAUUGGGAGUUCUUCUUUUCGAGUUGUUCUGCCCAUUCACUUCGAGUGAAGACAAAAGCAGAACUAUGUCUAGUCUCAGACAUCGAGUUCUUCCUCCUCAACUGCUGCUCAAGUGGCCAAAAGAAGCUUCAUUUUGCUUAUGGUUACUGCACCCUGAGCCAAGUAGUCGGCCAAAAAUAGGUGAGUUGCUACAAAGCGAGUUUCUUAAUGAACCAAUAAACAAUUUGGAAGAGCUUGAAGCAGCAACACAGCUUAGAGAGAGAAUAGAGGAGCAGGAAUUGUUGCUGGAAUUCCUUUUACUAAUACAACAAAGAAAACAGGAUGCAGCUGAUAAGUUGCAAGAUACUAUUUCUCUUCUAUGUUCUGAUAUUGAAGAAGUUACAAAGCAUCAAGUGUUUCUUAAGAAAAAGGGAGACACGUGUAAAGAAAGAGGAGAGGGUGAUCAUUUAACAUCAAAUAUCCCUGCAUUGAAUGUUGUUGACAUUGAUGAUUCUUCUAGCUUGGGUUCCAGAAAACGAUUUUGCUCAGGCCUUGAGAUUCACAACGUAGAGAAAUGUGAUGAUAAUCUAGAUGAAAGUCAGAACUCAGAUACAUUUGUAGAAUCACAGGAAAGUCCUCUUUUUAGAAGUUCACGAUUAAUGAAGAACUUUAAGAAAUUAGAGUCCGCAUAUUUUUUGACAAGAAGCAGACCAGUAAGGCCACCAGGGAAACCAUCAUUUGCUAGAAAUUUACCAGUAAUUAGUGAUGGGAGAAUCUCUAUUGUUGCUACUGAACGAAGCUCAAUAAAUAGCAUAGCACCAAAGCAUCAGUUUACUGAGGGUAGACGAAGUGGAUGGAUAAGUCCAUUCCUUGAGGGUUUGUGCAAGUAUCUAUCUUUUAGCAAGUUAAAAGUGAAGGCUGACCUGAAGCAAGGGGAUUUGUUGAACUCUUCGAACCUAGUCUGCUCUAUUAGUUUUGAUCGUGAUGGAGAAUUUUUUGCUGCAGCUGGUGUAAAUAAAAAGAUAAAAGUAUUUGAAUGUGAUACAAUUAUAAAUGAAGCUCGUGAUAUCCAUUAUCCUGUUGUUGAAAUGGUCUGUAGGUCAAAGCUAAGCAGCAUAUGUUGGAACAGCUACAUUAAAAGCCAACUUGCUUCAAGUAACUUUGAAGGUGUGGUGCAGGUAUGGGAUGUUACAAGAAGUCAAGUAGUGACAGAAAUGAGAGAGCAUGAGAGGCGUGUGUGGUCUGUUGACUUUUCAUCAGCAGAUCCCACAAUGCUGGCUAGUGGGGGUGAUGAUGGUUCUGUAAAGCUAUGGAGUAUCAAUCAGGGAGUAAGUAUCGGUUCCAUCAAAACAAAAGCCAAUAUCUGCUCUGUUCAGUUUCCCUUGGAUUCUAGUUGUUCUAUUGCUUUUGGAUCAGCAGAUCACAGAAUUUAUUACUAUGAUCUCCGCAACUCCAAAGUUCCUCUCUGUACAUUGAUUGGACACAAUAAAACUGUGAGUUAUGUGAAGUUUGUAGAUAUGACCAAUCUUGUUUCGGCAUCAACGGACAACACGCUGAAGCUCUGGGAUUUGUCAAUGGGCACAUCUAGGGUUAUUGAUAGCACCAUUCAAUCCUUCACAGGCCACAUGAAUGCAAAGAACUUCGUGGGUUUGUCUGUAGCAGAUGGUUACAUUGCAACUGGCUCGGAAACAAAUGAGGUUUUUGUCUAUCACAAAGCUUUCCCCAUGCCGGUGUUGUCCUUUAAGUUUAACAACACAGACCCGCUUUCUGGCCAUGAAAUGGAUGAUACUGCACAAUUUAUUUCUUCUGUCUGUUGGCGUGGCCAGUCAUCUACGUUGGUUGCUGCAAAUUCUACUGGGAAUAUCAAAAUUUUGGAGAUGGUUUAAAUUGGUUUAUGCACCAGUUUUAGCUUCAAGGAGAUGGUUGCGAGGGAAAAGUGGAACGAGCACAGUGAUCUUCAACAACAGGUUAAUGGGCAGCCCGUAUAGGAAGAACUGGUGGUUUUUUAGCGAAAACAAUUUUUGGCAUUAGUUCAUAGCAGAAUCAGACAACAUUAAGAGAGAUAUUUGUCUUCUAUAUUAUCCCAUGCUUAUAGUUGAUCAUUUUUAUUUAUUUUUAAUAAUGAGAAUGGAUGAAAACAUGUCAUCCUUCACCGUUGACUUAA